UGCUUCCAAAAAAGCUUAGAAAUUGCUCUCUGCCUUCUGGAUUCAGGUUCUUGGAAAGCCUGGAUUAGGAGUCUUUUCCCCAAAGAGUGCAAACAGGCCUUUCCCUCUGCUCUGCUCAUGUAGUAUUUGUGGAGGUUCCUCUCUGUGGCCUCAAGUAACAUCUAUUUUCUAUCUAAAGUACCUACCAUCUGUACCACAUGAGGAUCACACACAAGGAUGCAGAGCAGUCUUCCAUGCCAUUGUGUCUGGUUCUAGAUACACACAUGCAUGCAUAGAUCAUGUACAUACACACACACACACACACACACACACACGCACACACACACACGCACUUAAAAAUGGCCCAUUGCCACUCUGAGGUUCCUGGCAUAGUGAAGUAAGCCAAGUCCUCCUGGCUCCUCACCUCUAGGCUCAUCCCAGAGCUGCCAGUGCUGUCAGCCUCGUGACCUCCCUGUCUAGUUGUGCCCACCUAGGAACUCUCCUCUUGGGCAUCCUGUCUACCUCUUCACCAGCCGAGUCCACUUUCCCAUACUGAUAGGCACAUUCUCAGCAGUGUCGGGGCCUUAGGCCCUCUGAGGCAAAGAAUCUCAACCUUUAGUUUAAGGAACCUGAGUUACACUUGGUUCUCCAACUUGGGCAGUGGCUGCAUUUUUACUCAGCCAUUUUUGAAGUUUAGCAGGCCCUGGUGUUAGGGAAAACGGGCUAUACAUUACAAAAAGCAUCUCUGUACAUCCUAAAUGAGGCCUCAUCUUUUUCUCAAAUUUAAGUAGAAUUUAAAAGGCCUGCCCAGGAAAUCUUUGCAGCAACCACCACUUUUUCCACAGGAUAGAAAAUCCAGGCACCAGAAGGCUAGCCGCGCAUCAGGACGCAAUUCCUCCAAGUUGGCACCAGGUGUCGCUGUGGGCUCGUUGUCCCGGCUACCCCCCAAUUCCAAGAACCAUUUUUUCCCCCUUCCCUCUCUCCCGGUCUCACUCCCUCUCCCCCUCGGUUGGGCUUUGCCAACAUAUCAAGAUGCGUUUCGCCGGCUUCCAUCACUAACCUCCCGGAGGUCAUCAAGCCAAAUUUAUGAGUGGCCGCUCGAGUCACGUGACUCUAUUUAAGGCUCCCUUAUUUGGGAAGAGCGCAUAGGAUAAAGAAAGAGAUAUCUCCACCUAUAAAUUGUGCACUUUGGAGAACAAAAAACCCCUCAACUUCAAAGAGUCACAAAUCACCCUUAAUCAAAAAGGGUGCAGAAAUUUUUUUUGGGCCCUCCCCGACAUGAGCUCCUACGUAGCCAAUUCAUUCUAUAAGCAGAGCCCCAAUAUCCCUGCCUAUAACAUGCAAACUUGUGGGAACUAUGGAUCGGCCUCAGAGGUGCAGGCAUCCAGGUACUGCUACGGCGGAUUGGAUUUAAGCAUCACUUUCCCACCGCCUGCGCCUUCCAACUCUCUCCACGGGGUAGACAUGGCUGCCAACCCCCGGGCUCACCCCGACCGCCCCGCCUGCAGCGCCGCGGCCGCUCCGGGACACGCUCUGGGCAGAGACGAAGCGGCUCCUCUCAACCCCGGGAUGUACAGUCAGAAGGCAGCUCGCCCGGCGCUGGAGGAGCGAGCUAAGAGCAGAGGGGAGAUCAAAGAGGAGCAGGCGCAGACAGGGCAGCCCGCCGGACUGAGCCAGCCACCGGCCCCGCCACAGAUUUACCCGUGGAUGACCAAACUGCACAUGAGCCACGAGACGGACGGCAAGCGGUCCCGAACCAGUUACACGCGCUACCAGACUCUGGAACUGGAGAAAGAAUUCCACUUUAAUCGCUACCUCACUCGCCGCAGGCGCAUAGAGAUCGCCAACAAUUUAUGUCUCAACGAGAGACAGAUCAAGAUCUGGUUCCAGAACCGCAGGAUGAAGUGGAAGAAAGAUUCCAAAAUGAAAAGCAAAGAGGCUCUUUAGAGGCAGCAGGAAAGCCCAUGGAGAGCACCCCAACCGGGCUCGGUCCCUGCGCCUUUCCUCUUCGGGUUUUUCUCUCUAUAUAUUUUGGGGUGGGGGCAGGAGCUAGAGCUUUGGCUCCCAGGCCUCACAGACAAAAGCGCUUUUCCUUGGUAUUCUGCAUCCCCCACUGACCCAGGGUUUCCCCGAGGCUGCCCUCUCUGCCUGUCUCCCCUCAGCUCAGCAAAGUUCAGCUUAGCUCAACUGGGCACCUGAGGCCCAGGGUAACCUCUGCUGGGCCUUCCCAGAAGGCUGGAGCACCAUAGGCUAGUGCUGGAAUAACCUCAGCCUGGAACACCUCUCUGGUCCCUCAGGCCUGCCUGAGUUAAGGUGGGCCCAGCCUCCAGACUCCCACUCUUUUGUUUCUGGCUAGGCGAGCCGGGCGGCCACAGGCAGGAGAGAGUGCUUGUGCCUGGCAGAAUCCCUUGCCAGACUGGGGUGCUUCCUCAUAGUGACUAAACUUGGUCUUCAUUUAUUAACAAUUUGCAUAUGAAAAAGGGAGAAGACUGAAUAUGGGCCUAGGGCCCCUGUGUUUGCCCUAUCCUCUCCACAUAUUCUCCCCUACCCUAAGUCGGGGAACCUCCCAAGCCCUCGCCUGCUGCAUGCCCUCUCAGGCCCGCAGCCCCAGCCUGCUAGCUAGCUCAGCUAUUGGGGCUUCCUGCCAUUUGGACCCCAGCAAAUAGUCCUAGAGGCUCCUUGCUGUCCCAUAGUUCCUGCCAUGACUUUCUUGCCCUGCUGCCCCGUCGCUGUUGCCCAACUAUUUAUUGACUCCAGGUCCUUCCUGAAACUAUAUUUUGUCAUAUCAAAUAAAGACAAAAAGAGAACAGAAUUAAAGAUGCAGUGGCUCCUGUCUGUUUAGGGCAUGAUUGAGUAAGUGUCUAAAUGGGUUGUGAGGUUUAGGAUGAGGGCCAAAAUCUGUAAGCCUCCCCUUUAAAAGAAAAUGUUUUUAAGCGUUUCUAGGGGCAGCAAGAAGAGGGAGGUGAAAUAGAGUUCCUUUUCUGAUUCUUGGUUCCAAAAAGGGUUUUGGGGGAAAGAGGAAGGCACAGGCCUCUUGUACUGGCUUUUCCCGAGCUAUGCUGUGGCGUCCAAGGUAUCUGAAGUUUCUAGACUGGCAGUAGCUUCCACUCCGUGCCAGACCGAACAUGUGAGGACCAGUGGCUCCGCUGUGCAUGGUGCAUGCUCAGACUCAGGCCUUUUGGGCCUCUGAAACUCUCUCCUGGGACUAGGUGCUCCUUGAAGGAGCCUUACUAGACACAGAGGGAGGGCUGAGCCCUCAGUCUAGGGACUCAUUUGGCCCCAGUAACAUCCCCUAGAGAAAGUUGGUACUGCUUGGAGGUACAAUGCUUGAAGGAGAUGGCAAGGUAUGUUUUAGCUAAGAUAUCAGGGGAGAGGGGAGCAGGGAGAGCAAUCUGCUGGGGGCACUUGCCUGGCCAGAAAUGUUCAGACUGUUUCCUAGGGCUAGGAAAAUUAACCGGGAUGAGAACUGCAUAGAGCAAGGCCAGAGUCAUGUCUGUUUGCCAUCAUUUAUCUCAGUUCCUAAGAUUUUGUUUGGAGGGGGAGGGUGACCUACUGGGAGCAUAGAAAGGCAGCUAAUUCAAGUGGUGCCUAAGGCUGGCCUAGGCCCACUCUGUUCUGCACAGCUCCAGGCUCCUGGGAUGGGCUGAGGGAGGAAGCACUUUGCAGGAGAAACAAAUGUGGGAAGGGUCCAUAAAACUUUACUGCAUUUCCUCUCCUGCCUCCCACAAUGGGGUGAUUUCCUGGAGCCUAGCCUAGGCCCCCAACACUGUUGGGGUGGGGGUCUGGAGCUGGGCUAGUAGCUGCUCCAGCAGCCAAGAGGGAAAGGGAGCAGGGUGGUUCUGGGGAGGGGCAGAGAGAAUAUUUAUGAUUAUUAAUGCUGAUGCUCUUUGGAUUUAUUAUAAGGACUGACUCUGUCCUUAUCCUCCUGCCUAAGCUACCUGUCCAUCAUUUUUUAGAAGACCUGAGAGCCUUUUCUUGCUCCACACUUAGCACAUAGGAGGUCUCAUGACAUGUUUUUGAGCUGCAUUCAUGACUACCACCCUUACCCUUCACACUGAACUCUGGCCAGGUUAAGGCAUCAGUAGUGUUUCUCUUCAACUUGCUCAAAGCCGGUCAGUCCAACCCACCGGCACCAACUUACAAUCUCUCCCCCACCCUCUCUGAAAUAAAAUGUGUAAUUUUCUUCAGGGAGUUAUUUUAAUUUUUUCUCCAUGCUGAGUAAAACUAUUGGGCGAGCAGUGAAGCAUGAAGAAGCACUGGCAUCUCCAAUGGGUACCAGUUAAAUAAGAAAGGGGCUGUGUCAUAGCACUCACCCGCUCCAGCCUCCCAAAUCUGCUUCUUCCCUAGGGGACAGACCAGGAAAGAGAACCAAAGGCUUUUCCCUGGGAAGGGGUAAGGCUGACCAGACCUGCCGGGCCAGGUGCAGCAGCCC